GCACGAAAAAUAUUUGUGAUAUUAGGUUAUUUAUAUGGCCGUGGGGUCAGCACAGAUUAAUAGAGGAUAGCGUAGAUUUUUGCCGCCUUGUGGUUUGUUAUGGCAUAAUGUCGUUCGCGGUACUUUGGUACAAUACUGGUGGUGUUAGGCUGAAUUGUGAUCCCAAAAAAAAUAAUGCAAAUUCAGACCAUUCAGACAAUCUUAACAAUUUUAUCCAAAUGAUAACCACAACUUUCAAUCCAAGGGAAAUCUUUUUGUCGAGUCUGACGUCUGUACUUUGCUUCUGGAAAGUGGAAUUUUGUACCAGCAAGUAUCAGUGGAUGUAGCGGUAUUAUGUCGAUACAAUAUGCACUGUGUUAUGCACAAUAUCAAAGUAAUCUCUCUUGCAAGUGGACAUGCAAUCAUCCGUGAUAUUUUCUACUUUAAUAACCUAAUUACGGACAAACACCGCUUGUACUUUGUGUGUGACGUGAACAAAUGUGCAAUGGGCUCGUAAAUUUCUUAAUUAAACAACGCAGUUUCUAAGACUCGGUAUCAACAAUGGCAUUACCAGAAAGGGUAGCACAGAUUUACUAUACCUACGGCCUGUUCUGUUCGUCGUACCCCUAUUUAGCUAUAACAUUAGCGCUUUCAGUUGUUUUACUAUGCUGCUUUCCACUGUUAAAUGUGCCUCUGCCUGGAAACAUACCGACUGUAGUAAACAUGCAUCUAAAGAAUCCCCAAAUAAAUCCUGAUUGUAAUGCAAAAAACUGUCUGAUACCAGAAACACCAUUUCAAUUAGACUUAUUGCACAAUGAAACACAAAAACUUCCAUAUGUGUGGGUGAAAGACAAACCAUUGCUUUACAUUCAUCAAAUAAUAAUAAGAAUUGGUGUGUCUCCAUGGAAUAACAACCUUAAAAUGUGGGAUGCUUUUCGAGCACCUCUCCAAGAAGUCUUUAGAUUAUUGGAAACAAUUCGGAAUCAUGAAGAUACUGUAACAAAGAAAACCUUAUUGCAACACUGUUAUCAAAUAGAGGGCAUGAAGCGACGAGACAGCAAGGCGAGUGUGGAAAGAGUGUUGCCAGAAUAUAGCUGCCUCCUUCUGUCGCCAGCGAAUCUCUGGCAACAGAAUCUUCAAUCAUUUUCUUUAGAUGCCAACAUUGUCAAUACCAUUUUCAACUACCAGAAUCUCCAAAAAGGCAAAGUGUCUAUAGCGGAAAUGGCGUUCGGUAUGCACCUGCGUGACACGGGAAUAAAACGGUAUCCAUUGCGGGCUCGUCCAAGAGUCUUACAAUACGCUGUCACUAUAUUUUACCGACAUGCGGACCAAAGAUACAUAAAUUCACUUUCGAAAAAGUUAAGGGAGAUUUACCCUCUGUAUCAAGAUUCACCGCAAGCGCACUCCGAAGAAGUGACACUCGUCUAUUUUCCUGGUCAGUUCAAUUACCAUGAACUAGUACCUCUAAUGAUCGCCUUUGUUGGAUUAUUCCUCUAUGUCUACUUCUCCGUGCGAAAAAUAGAAUUCAUUAAAUCCAAACUUGGACUCGCAGCAUCCGCUGUGCUUACUGUAGCCGGGAGUCUAUCUAUGUCGAUGGGGCUAUGCUUUUACUUUGGAUUCUCUUUAAGCUUACAAGGAAAAGAAAUAUUUCCUUAUCUGGUGAUCAUCGUUGGACUAGAGAAUGUCCUCGUAUUGACGAAAAGCGUAACGUCCACCGAUACCAGACUAGACGUCAAAAUUCGACUCGCCCAAGGCCUAAGCAAAGAGGGCUGGUCGAUUACCAAAAAUUUGCUCACAGAGAUCACUAUUCUUACAGUCGGUCUCUUUACAUUUGUUCCUUUUAUUCAAGAGUCCUCAAUAUUUAUGAUCGUGAGUCUUAUUUCUGACUUUUUCAUUCAAAUGACGUUUUUCGCAACAAUAUUAGGCAUAGAUGUGAGGCGAAUGGAAUUUUUUCCUGACCAAAACUCCAAAUUACAUUUGAAAGACUACUUUAACGCGAAUAAUGCGUUUAACUGGCAAUUUAACACAGGAUAUAUGGACGAUACAAAUAUUUCACCUCAAAGAAUGAAAAAGUCUAAAUCGCAUCCAAGAUUGAAUGGUUUGGCUCAGAAUAGCCCCACAGAUGUCAUAGCCAAAAGAAACUCUAGUCCGGGAGGACAAGAGCAGCGAGUUCCGAAACGAAUACGACUUGUUAAUAUGUGGGCAAGGACAAGGUUCUUUCAGAGAGCUUUCAUGCUAUGGAGACUUGUUUGGAUAUCUAUGAUAGUAUAUAACUCUGGUGUGGUGGAUUACUUUAUCACACCCGUGGAAAAAUCAGACAGCAGUCCAGAGCAUCGUUCCAAUAACAACAAAACGAGUGAAUGGAAGCAGUCAGUGAAUAUGAAUUACAACAACAGUGCGCGACAACCAUUAGUGUUUUCUCCCUUACUGGAAACUACAACAGAUAAAACAGUUGUCGAGGCAAAUGAUACCAUUCUCUUGAAACAUUCGCCACAUUACAGAACAUCUUCAAGACUGCCGCCGUACCAUUGGUCUUCGAUUCUCUCGCAAUACAACGAGUCAGUAGCAGGACGUUACGUGGUGGUGCUCCCUCCGGUAUUAGUGAGCCAUCGCAUAGGUCCGGAGUUAGCGACGGGGUUACGUCACCCGGAUGAAAGAGAUCCACCUCCUUUGCGCUGGCAAGCCCUGGCAGCGGCCCUGGAUCCAAUUGAUAUUUUACCCGAAUUCGACUUGAUUGACACUAAAACACAGGCGCACCAAUGGGGCAAAGGGCCAGAGCUUCCAAUAUAUCCCACUACUCCCAUGGAAAUAUUGCUUCUCGCCAUCCUUUGCACCAUCAGCAUAGCUGUCAUCGGCUACAUGAUGGUGGUGCUUUAUAGGUGCAUUUGCUCAAAACACUACGCGGAAUGGCGUGCCUCGUGGAACGAAGAUAGUGAAUACAAGAAAAUUAUAGCAAACCAACCAGCUGUUCAGUUGGUUAUGGAAGCCGUACCCUUAGUAGUGGCAGGUCACAGUCAAGAAGUGGAAUGCCUGGUGACCGAUGGCGAGAAAGUCGUCAGUUCAUGCCUUCAAGGUAACAUCAAAGUAUGGGACUCGCUCAAUGGAGAAAUCAUCACGAACAUUGACCGAAGCGCGUACUUCAAAUUACAAAUGGAAUUGUAUGAAAAAGUCGCCCCCAGGAGAAGUUCCAUUAGUGAACAACAAAUUACAAUUGAAUCGUGUAAUUGCCCAGAUUUAGCAGCUCAACCAAUAUACGAUAAUGUUCCGAGACUUCGAAGAGGACUAAGUAGCCAUCUUCGAAAUCUGCAAUUUCAAUCUAACAACAGAGAUUCAUCAUAUCUUUCUCCAGUAGAAAACACCAAAUAUCAGUUUGCAAAGGCCUACAGAGACCUCUAUUACACCGACCAAAGUGACAUGUACGAAGUGAACGAAAGAACAAAUACAGACUUAAUUAAUUUAAAUGUAGGCAAACAAGAUUUAAAUCUAAGUAUUGUAAAGGACAAUAAGAGUGAUAUAAGUACAAUAGCAGUGAACAGUUGUGACAAUUCUCUAGGUAGCUUGAGAAAUAGAGGUGGCAGUAGAAUAAGUGUUAGAACUAACUGUGAUAUGGAGAGUGCGGCAAAUUCCAACUGGCGAGCGAGAGCUAUGAGUGAAUCUCCGGUGUGGUGUAUGGACUUUUGUAACAACCUCAUCGUUUUGGGUUGUUCCGAUGGCAGGUUGGAGUUUUGGGAGGCAAGCACUGGAAAAUUAAUAUGUGUCUGGUGGUUCGCCGAGAGGCAUUCGAGCGGUAAGGGCGUGACACACGUGCGCGCUCUGUCGGGUGCGCGUAAAGUGUGUGCUGCGUCCCUUUCUGGCCACCUCACUCUACUACGGCUGGAUGCAUACAAUGCAAGAUCUGGCGCGCACGUUGACUGGCGGUUUAGCACAGCACAUCGACGAACACACAAGCGGACUGGUUCUGCGGAGUCAUUAGGAAGCUCACACGGCAUGGACGAACACAGAGGACGAAUGAGCUUCUCAUACGACGCGGACAGCGACAGCGAUGAGGUAGUAUGCGUUCCUACCGCGCAUUGCAGACCGCAUCAGCAACCAAUCACAGAGAUGCACUGUGACGGCGGCCGCAUUCUUACUGGAGGACAAGAUCACGUAGUAAAGGUGUUCUCUAGUGCGGAAUUGACACCGCUGUUUACUCUCCACGGCCAUUGCGGGCCCAUCACUAGUUGUUUCAUCGAUCACGCUACACCUACGAUAGCGGGUAGCGGGUCACAGGAUGGUUUACUUUGCGUCUGGGAUCUGCAUACAGGUGCCUGUGUAUACAGCAUGCAAGCGCAUGACGGCGCGGUAACAUCACUAGCCUACACCGCUUCUUACGUGGUAUCGGCAGGUUCUGACGAACGUUUGUGCAUCUGGGACCGCUUCCAAGGCCACAUGCUCAACUCAAUACACAUCGGUCUCAACUACAUGAGUCGAAUGCUACCUUUAACACAUACUCUCCUAGUAAUAGGAGACAGAAGCGGUUUAACUACGUACGAUUUAAGCAGCGGUGACGUCAUCCGACGAGUACUUUUCGGUCAAAGCGACGGUUGUAUAUUCGUGCGGCAAAUAUUACCAUUAAAAGACGCUAUAGUGUGCGACUAUGCAAACCAACUUCGCAUAGUGCGGUUCCCGCUUGUAUCGAAGUUCGAUAUGAAGAAUGAAUAACAUCAUAUUUCUAUGGGCUUCUAAGGAUAUAACUAUUCAGUAAUUACAGAUCUUUUAAAGCGACGCUAUGCAAAAUUAAAUAAUUAGAAAAUUCUGUAGUGCCAAUUCGUUUCUAAAUUCACAGCUUUAAAAGUAGUGCUGUCUUAUCCUGAUGGAACAUUAUGGAACAUAUCGCUACUUUAGCACAUAUUCAAAAGAUGUUCGAACGAGUUAGCACCAACUUUUUACAAAAAGCAUUUCCGCUUUCUACAAAACGCUUUUCAAAUUAAUAUCACGUAGGAUAUCACAAUAUCAAUAUUAAGUUAAAUAUAUGCACU